UUUCCAAACAAGGACUCCCCUCCCCCACAAAGUCGCUCACGAACCGAACAUUCCAGAAGCCCCACUCGCCAGAACUCUCUCGUCCUUUACUUAAUUAUAUAUAUAUGUAUAAGCUCACUGCCCCUCAUCAUUUUUUACCAAAACCCUCCUACGCUUUCUACACACAACCUUUUUGUCUACGAUUUCUCUGAUUCCUUCCAUGGCCGAAGAAGCCAAAGCGAAGGGCAACGCCGCCUUCUCCGCCGGAGACUUUUCUACCGCCGUGCGCCACUUCACGGAGGCCAUCGCGCUUGCCCCGACCAACCACGUCCUAUACUCCAACCGAUCCGCCGCCUACGCCUCUCUCCACCAGUACUCCGAGGCGCUCGCCGACGCCGAGAAGACCGUCGAGCUCAAGACCGACUGGUCCAAGGGCUACAGCCGGCUCGGCGCCGCCCACGUCGGCUUGGGCCACCAUGAAGACGCCGUUGCGGCGUACAAGAAGGGCCUCGAGUACGACCCCAACAACGAGGGCCUCAAAUCUGGCUUAACCGACGCCCAGGUUGCGGCUUCCCGGUCCAGAGCGGCCCCGCCGCCGGGAAACCCCUUCGGCGACGCGUUCUCAGGGCCGGAGAUGUGGGCCAAGCUCACCGCCGAUCCGAGCACCAGAGCCUACCUUCAGCAGCCAGAUUUCGUGAAAAUGAUGCAGGAGAUCCAGAAAAACCCUAGCAGUCUCAACCUCUAUCUCAAGGACCAGAGGGUUAUGCAAGCGCUUGGGGUUUUGCUAAACGUAAAGUUUCGUACGCCCACGUCGGAGGACACGGACAUGCCGGAGUCUUCCUCGCCACCGCGGCCGCCGCCAGAGAGGAAGAGGCCUGCGGAGGCCGAGCCGGUGAAGGAACGGGCUCCGGAGCCGAUGGAUCUGACAGAGGAGGAGAGGGAGACGAAGGAGAGGAAAGCGCAGGCGCAGCUGGAGAAGGAGCUGGGCAAUGCGGCGUAUAAGAAGAAGGAUUUUGAUACUGCGAUUGCGCACUAUACGAAGGCCAUGGAGUUGGACGACGAUGACAUUUCCUAUAUUUUGAAUCGCGCCGCUACUCAUCUGGAAAUGGGUCAGUUUGAGGAAUGUAUUAAAGAUUGUGAUAAGGCUGUUGAAAGGGGAAGAGAGCUUAGAUCAGACUUUAAGAUGAUAGCAAAAGCUUUGACCAGGAAGGGAACUGCCCUGGUGAAAAUGGCAAAAUGCUCAAAGGACUAUGAACCUGCUAUUGAGUGUUUCCAGAAAGCUCUUACCGAGCAUCGCAAUCCAGACACAUUGAAGAAACUAAAUGAUGCUGAAAAAGCAAGGAAGGAACUAGAGCAACAAGAGUACUUUGAUCCAAAAUUAGCCGAUGAGGAACGUGAGAAAGGUAAUGAGUAUUUCAAGGAGCAAAAGUAUCCGGAGGCUGUGAAGCAUUACACAGAAUCCUUGAGAAGGAACCCCAAAGAUGUAAAGGCCUAUAGUAAUAGAGCUGCAUGCUACACAAAACUUACGGCGUUGCCUGAGGCAUUGAAGGAUGCAGAGAAGUGCAUUGAACUCGAUCCAACCUUUUCCAAGGGUUAUAAUAGAAAAGGUGCUGUCCAGUUUUUCAUGAAAGAAUACGACAAAGCUUUGGAAACAUAUAGGGAGGGGCUGAAGCAUGAUCCUAGCAACCAGGAAUUGCUCGAUGGUGUGAGGAGGUGUAUAGAACAAAUUAACAAGGCUAGUCGUGGGGAUUUUACCCCUGAGGAAUUGAAGGAGAGACAGGCCAAAGGAAUGCAGGACCCUGAAAUUCAGAACAUCCUCCAAGACCCUGUGAUGAGACAGGUUUUGGUUGAUUUCCAGGAAAAUCCCAGGGCCGCUCAGGAACACUCAAAGAACCCAAUGGUGAUGAACAAGAUCCAGAAGCUGGUUAGUGCAGGAAUUGUCCAGAUCAGAUGAAUCUGAGGGGGAAGAUGGCGAGCAUGGACAAAAAAACUUUUGCAUCAUUCAAAAUUGUACUCGUGUGAAUUGAGUAAAACUUGUUGUCUAGUUCACAAAAAACUAUUUCGGGUUGGAAAAUUUUGAGAUGUUUCUCGCUUUCAAAUUGUUUAGUGGAGGCCCCGUCUUUAUUUAUUGUGCUUUAAGCUA